AUGCCGGAAUCCUUGCAAUUCACACCUCUGAACCCGAACGUCGUAACUCGCAAAGAGUUCACAGAAAAUCUCGUUUCUGUACCCGUUCCAAGCGACGCGAAUCCAGAAUGGAAAGACACUUGCCUCAAAAUGCAGUCUCUGUAUCGGAAGCUGGCAUACCAUGAAGCAAUGGCGCCGAACUUCCAACAAACUUACAUGACACCUGCAAAUUCAAAGAACAGAGUCUAUUUCAUGUGGGAUUUCGUUGGACGCACACUGGCAUGGCCAUCCCAAUAUCUGUACAUGCUCCUGCACAAUGUUUCUUCCAAGGAUACCACCAGCAAACAGGCCCGUCAAAUCUGGGCUGAAAUCUACGGUCGGAAUGUCAUGGCUGGAGGGCUGAUAAUCGAUGACAAGCCUGGGAUGCUCAACCAGAUGAUGGAAUCGACGUAUCCGGGCAUGAGCAAGGACCACCCAGAGUUCGGCGAAGAUAUCCUAAAAGAGGCGGAAGUAUUGUUUAAGGGAGACAAGGCGUGA